UGAAAAGUCACGAGUUGGCCGUCUUCUAGUAGUUGCACUCUUCUGAUUAGUGCGUCGUCUGGUGAUGUCAAGAGCAGUUUGCGAGUAUCAGUUUCGUAACUAGCGAUACCCUUCGCCGGCGCUAUGCGGCGUCGCAGAAGAAGCAUCUUCAACUUCACUUCGUGUCUCUAGACUUGUACGCUGCACCUCCUGCCACGCCUUCACGCAUCUCGUAGUUGGGUCCUUUCACCCGUGCGGGCGCACAAAUCCCGGCAGCAUGACAGAGGUUACCGAGGAGGACGAGACGCAAAAAGGGCUGAACGUGCUGGAACGCACGCUGGCUGGCGUUGGCGGAAAUUUCUGCACGACCUUCACUGUCCCCGUUGCGGAUAUUCCGCGGGUGACGCUGAAGAGUACUGGCGAAGGGUUCGACCUGGUUCGACCGCCUCUUUGCACGUUGCUCGAAGGAGUACAUGAGGACAGACAACGCGAAGUCACGCGAGACCUUCGCAGCAAAGCAGAGCAGCAAACCGCGGACGGCAAAAACGCAAGCGCUCUCUCGGAAAAUGGCAAAGAGGACAACGCAGAUAGUUUCGAAGCCUGGUACGCCCUUCGGGAGGCGCGUUCUCACGUGCAAGACUUCAUCAAGGAUGUCAUUGCGGAGGAGCAGGAGUCGCGUGUGCAGCCGCUGCUACAGAAAAUGAAAAAAAUCGACCGCGAAUUCUUUUGUGCGCUGUACGAUGAGACUAUGGGUGGCAAAACCGAAAAUGGGAAGGCGCGCAGCUGCAACUACCUUGCUGGAAAUGACGACUUGUUCUGGCACCCCAACCCGUCAAUUCUUUUUCCGGGGUUGACGGCGUGCGAGGACCACCAGGAGGAGCUUUUUAUUUCUGACGUCACCACGCCGGCGAAGGCGAAGCGGCGCCACCUGUUGACAAGGUCACUCGCGAGCAGAGAGGUCGACAUUUCGUGUGGAACCAAACACCUCGCCGACGUCCUACAGGAGGCCGGCGUUGCUGAGCGGCUGCAAAGGGAGCUAGAUUAUCCGUAUCCGGUGGAGCUCGAAUUUGCACGCCUAGACGCUGGAGGGAUGCACGACCAGCCGGAUGAUCGCGCUGCGCAGGUGGUUCCAGAUGACGCGUGGCAGCAUCACUACGUUUCUGACACUACGAAGCGGAACUACGUUGCGCAGAAGCUCAACAAGAAGCGGGCGAGCGAUCAGUUGGAUGACGAGAAAACAGACGACGAGACGGCUGACUAUGAAGCGAUGAAAGUGCGCUACGCAGCCAAAGCCGGCGCAGUUUUUUCGAAUGUCGGCGACAAAUCCCCGUACAGCGACAUUGAAAAUAUGAGCGCAGAAAAGGGGGCAUACGGUUUUGGUUAUGGUCGUUGGCAGAUGCCCAGCGAGUACUACCCUGAGGCCGAUUGUGACGUGCUACGAGAGCUUAACGACAACCGGUUCCGUACAGCGGGGACGCUCUUGGUCUGUUUUCCGGGUUUGUGGAGCGACGCCCACACGGCCUCUGCAGAUAUGGACGGGUCACUUCAGACGAGCUUCCACCUUUCAGGACAUUCCACGCUUGCGGCCGGCGACAGUGCUGAAUACCUCCCGGCAGCCGUGUCCCGCAAUGAAGUGCCGCUAAGUUUCCAACACCUCUGUGGCGAUGGAAAAGACAAGGCUGCUGUCAGCGACCAUGAGAACAUCGAUUGUGAGACGAAGGAUGACCGAUGCGGAGAACAUAUGCAGAACCAGAGUGACCGGGACCGUGACGCUGGCGCUCAAGCUACACCUACGACGGUGGUUUCUGAUAUUGCGCGGAAUCUGCACCUGGUUGGGCUUGUUCGGGGGGCGGAUAUCAAGAACCCAGCGACAUACCGUGCACAUUUCAAGGGACACUGUGCCAUCGGUGUGUUUCGCAUUCUGCGAGUUCGAGAGGAAAUCCCACUCCCAGAUAGAUGGCCACUACUGCGCGAACUUUUGCCAACGCUGCAACAGUGCGUCCCAGAGAAGGCGAAGUCGAAGGUGUUUGAUAGCCAGAAGUUGCAGUUUGAUCUCCGCCACCACGUUGAGGGUAACGACCGCAAGCGCCCCAAUCUGUUGGAAAUCGUUAUAAAGGAGGAGCGGCGGAGGCUGCUGGAGAAGGGAUUCAGCGAAUCCGCCGUAUCCCGGUCGUACGAGCGAGAAGGCAGUAUGGCGACGAGACCAGAUGCUAUCUACGAUUUUGAUGGCACGCACUGGCGUCUCACUUUUGACAACGAUGACGAUCAAACCUGUCAGGCACAGCGGCUGAGAGCAGAAUUGCAGAAGCUCUGGGACAACCAGAAGUUCAUGUCGGGCGGGGGGUCCGUAGUGUUUCCGUCAUAUGAACGGUAUUGCAACCUGGAUAUUUUUCCGCUGCGCAGCGACGGCCCCGAUCAGCCACUCAAGCCGCACCAAGCGCAGCGACUCCGUCAAUGCGAUAAACUGAUCGCUGAGAGCGUCGCCCAGCAACAGCUCGGCUUCAUCCCCGAAGACAAGCCUGAUGGCAAUUCUGAGCCACACACUAACGGGCCUGUGGAUUGCGGUACAGUGUCGACCAACAAGAAGGCCGCUCUUCUCCAGCCACAAGACCGACCGGCCAUUGCGAAACAGUCUCUAGAGAAAGAGCGAGAAACAACCUUGCUAGAAGCAGGCCGACAAUCCGUGCAUCCUGCAGCAGUACACUACCGACCACGCAUUUUUCCGACCGUGGAGUUCCCUGGCUUUGAAAAAACCCAAUUUGAGUUUAGCCUCGACGCGGACUCUAUGCGUGGCGGUGAUUUUGAAGCACUCGACCGCUUGCCCCCCGCCCGCUGGCGCACGCAGCUUCAGCUUUCAAGAAAGCCCAAGGCCGACAGCUUUCACCCUCCCCCUGAAGCAUCAAGUAGCAGGGCACUGGCUCUGGUGUGCGGAUCGCGACUGCAGAUGGUGGAGGAUGCUUUGGCGCUGCCGCUUUUUGACUCCGAGGGACCAGACGGCUUUUUGACUGACGCAGACGAUGGCAAUGCUGACCGAGCGGCUCUGGCGCAUCUUCAACAGUUUAUGGACAGCUGCAAGGACUAUGGUGACACGCUCUCUGCUGGCAAGAACUCCCUUUCCCAACUGGAUCAGCAGAAGGCAUACGGGUUUCAGAAGGAUUUUUCCGUGGCGAAGGCGAUCUCACCAACCAGCAUCAGUAAUAAACGAGCCGGCCUUGGUGGCUCGUGCGACUUUUCAUCUCUUCCGUGUGGACCAGAGAGCCGCACGGUUGCUGGAGUGGUCAGCAGUUUUAGGUCGUCGGAGGGAAGUGACGGCAGAUCCCUGAAUCGCCACUUGGUGUAUACCAACUUCGAUCUUGAUACAGAUGAAGAGAAAGGCGUACACGAGAACCCGCUGGUGAUGUCGCUGCCAUUUCGCUCCUAUAAUUAUGAAAUGGAGCAGCGGUCCACUUUUGUUACCUUGCUGGAACACAACAAAAGAAAAAAAGGAUCUGUUGCUGCUCUUGCUAAGGCUGAGUCGAAACAACAGCGGUGGUUGAAAAUUCCUCUCGGGCAACUCGGCGUAAUCGAGUUGAUUGUGCCGCCUGCCUGCCAGCGGGUGAACAUACCGGACUUUCGCCAGAUCGACGAGGCAGUUUGGAACGCGGAAGCGUGGCAGCAGGCCGAAGAAGCGGAGAAAGUUCAUAAAGCGAGAAUGAAGCAUCCGAAUGCCGAUCGAUUCGAGGACGGGCGACAACGUGAUCAACGGCUCAGAGAUAUUAAACAGGAAAGAGAUACGAAGCGGUCGCAGACUGACGGGUGUCUUGAGGAUGAGUUCAAUGCGAUGUCGACCACCGUUGCUGACAAGCAGCAACUGAUAGCGGAGUAUAAAAAGCUCAGAAAUUAAAUUUUCAAAAUGUGUUUUAGCCAGCAGGCUCCUGGCGUCUUGCGGAUGCACGCAUCCGCAAUGCGCCAGAAGCCUGCUGAGCUAUCCAGUUUAAACAUCAACCUAAAUUACAAUGAAUUUUAGCUAAGAAGGUGAGCUAAAACUUUUUUUCAAAUUUAAUUUCUGAGCUUGUUAUACAGAGAGUGUGGAUUUUCUUCUUCCUCGAAGUUGGGACGGCGCGUUGCGUGUACAGAAGCGCCGGUGGCUGGAGGACAGAAAUGCGCGUGACUGGACGGCCACACGCGGAGAGAUGCUCAAGACCGUCCUACGCGGCAAACUCGAGCCACGAAAUCCCAGACACCGCUGUCCGCUGCAGUGCCGUUUGGAGAUUCUGGAUGCCCUUACAGUCUAUUGGGUAAACUGUUCUGGUGAGAGCAUCCGCUACGGUUACGAGUUCAAAGAGAUGGGGAAGAUUGUGAGGAAAAUGCAGCACCUGUUUCCUUUUCCGUUGGCCGCUACAGUGUCUGACUUUGAGCGGUAUCACAAGCUCGACGCGGCAGGCGAAGUGAAAAACGCAGAGCACAACAAAGCCUCGCCGUGCCCGCUCUGCUACCUUGCUCCACCCUUAUGGAAUCUUGAUUCAACUCUGUUACUUCGUACUUAUCGUGCUUACAAGGUGCCUUUGAAAAUGCAAGGAAGAUCUCGCAAUCACAAACAAGAAGAAACGCCACGACAACUCGCCACGAAAACCGCAUUUGAAAUUUGCCCUAUGUGCAUAGUGCAUCGACUUGGAAUUGCAUGCAGUAGCUGAAGCAGCUACAGUCAGUUCAGGCGAUGCCACAACAUCUAAAUUGUAAGUAUAGUAAACCAGGCAGUCUUGUUUUUCCUUCCUGUAAGCUCAACGACCGACGAGGUUGUUGUGCGAGGCAUUUUUCGGACGUGCAUAUUACGAAAUGAACGAGAUCAGCAUCAGCUCGAGCACCAGCAACAAAGUUUCAAGCUGGCAAAGUGAAAAUCGGCGAAAGAUGUACAACGCCCUCCUUCAAACGUUGAGGUAUUUAAUCGUCGGACGAGAAAGGGCUGCGAGCCUAUUCAGCGACGAACCACGUGAACGCGUCGAUGUCGAAAAGGGGAAUCCGCUUUUUUGUCCUGCUGGGGCUUCCGGAAUGAAUCCCUGGCGCUGUGAGGAGACAUUCUGGGUGGCGCAGUGGAAGAGGGACGAGGUGCUGUCCGCUGUUGAUUUUCACUGGCAGCUGGUAUUUCCACUGCGGCACGGCUACCGGUUUGCAGAUCUGCAGCUCCUAGGACACGCCGAGCAAGCGGAACUUCUCGCCACAAGCGUAGCAUCCCGAUCGGGCACACCACGCCCAGAGCCUCCGUUCUCCAUUCCGGUCUUGUCUGCGGCGUCAGCAGCAAGCCUUUUUGCUGCGGGCACUUCGCGGCCGAGUGGAAGCGGAAUUUCGGUCGGAGCCAGUCGCGACGAGGAGCUUCAUACUGCUUUUCUUGCCCAAUGGCUUUGUGCGAUUGCGAUUCGCUGUGGAGCGCCUCGGGUUUCGGUGCACUGGUAUCUCGAGGAGCUCGAUUUAGUCGCAACCACGUCAUCAAUAUUUGAUCCAGCGUACGCCCCGCCGCUGCAAGACGCGGCCGCAGAUCCAAGUCUCGCCAAGGAAUUUUUCAAGGACGUCAGCGAGUACAUUCUGUCGCCCGUUGAUCCCGCGCUGGUCCUGCCACAACGUGGUCGAACACCAAAGGAUCGGCUAAUCAAAGCUGCAAGCUUGCAUGCAGAGCGUGCGUUUCGCCCGCGCCGGACGAUUCAUCUGAACCGACUUCCGCCAAGACAGGAUCACGUCUGCCCCCCUGGGCAAAUAUUCUCCGACCGGGCAGCGCUAAAGGCACACUUGGCAGCGGAGUUUGGUUCACAGUACGAGGCGGCGGAAGACGAUGUCUGGGUAACGCCACUUCUGCCGCAUCCGGAUAGCUUUGGCCUGCUACGCAUGCUGACUGGACGAGAGACCGCUGAUGAUCUGUACUGGUUUCCUAUCGCUGCAGGUUCAUCGGACCCAUCAAGUGGCACGCAGCAGCAGUCGAAAUCGUCAUCCGCCACCGAGGGCGACGCGGCUGAACGCGAACCCGGCGAGCAAGAAGCGGUCACUAUUGACAAGGGAGAGUCGACGCGAAACCACGUCUGCGAAAAGGAGAACUUUGAGUAUUGAAAAAAAUGCUUCAAUGAGAAUUCCUCUUUACUUUUUGCUCGUAUUUUUUGCCAUUUACAUAUUCAUGCCAAACACACAACACAGUGCCAUUUUCGAAAUUUCCGACGCGAAGACCGAAGAGCGCAGGGAAGAGUGCGUCGCGUUGUUCCGUCUCUGCGCGGCUAUCCACCUGGAUUUGCGACACACGGGCGGCUGGAAACCGCCGGGCCGGGAUGAUGUCGCCGCGUCUGAAUAUGCAGGAAUAGGGAAAAAUGCGCAGAAACUUGACAAGAUACAAACGAAGGCCGCUGCUGCAAAUCUUCAAACUGCGGGAGGUGCAGAAAGUCCAGGUUCGGAUGGAGGUAAUGUUGUCGGCACGGAGGCCAAGAGAAGACGUGAGGGGACACCAGAAGCCCAAGUGCGGGAUGAAAACGUAGGCGGACAACAUGCUGCUGCGCCGGAGUAACGAGGAUCGCGGGACAGCUACUGACUUGGUUAACGCGUUCAAAUAUGUGUUUGAGGAUGUAAAUGCAUCUCUGUUCGCGAGAAUCCGAAAACAAACUCACUAUGAUGACGUUUGCUGGAGGAAGAUGUUCUGUAUAUGAGAUUCUAGGCACAAGUAUCUACCACGGAUAUGGCUAAAUUCUAUUUAUAUCAUGGGUACACCCGGCGUUCUUCUGCACCACGCUGCCAAAAAGAAGUUGAUGAGCAACAACUGUUUUUGUAUCUACUUACGGCCUGUCUGGCUGUGGCAUUGAGAACCAGACCCCCUCGC